AAUAAUCUGAUCUCGCGGCUUUCUCAGCCACCAUGAUGUUUAAGAUUAAUAUCCAUCCAAAAGUAUGGAGAUUCCUAGGUUUCGUGUCAAGUGUAGUUGGAUUCGUCUGUUAUGCCUUCAGCCCCUCAUUCCACGACCUGUUUGGACACUGGACUUUGUUCAGCAUCGUAUUGUACUCCACUCUGAGCACCAUAUUCUCCAUCUUGACGCUGUUGGUAAACAAGUGUCCCCAGUUCUCUAAGGUUUUCUUGCUGAAAGCACACGUUGGGUUUCUGGCUCUGAUGCUCACCUCUCUCUAUUCUUUUUACGAAGACCGAAGCAAACAACAUGAGGAAGACGAAAAGGGACGAAGGAACAUGUUGAGCCUUGUCUCCUUUGCAGCAUUUGCCUUCAUGUCGGUCUGCUUGUCUAAACAAAUCCAACCAGAAUUUGAUCUGGACGGGACUGCUCAAUCUUGGCGAUACAGAACGUGAAGUCAUGCGGACUCUUGCUGAUAAUAAUGGUGACGAAGAAGACCACAUGGAAAUGCCGAGUUUAGAUAACGAUGGCCAAAAGGGAUUGGAUGCGGUUGUGGAAAUUCAAGAAGAAACUGGAUGUGACAAUAUUGAUGAAUUGGAUACAUGGUUUCAAGCUUUUCAGGGCCCAGCAAGUUUCUCCUCUCCUUUGUGAUGGAUGGGAAUGGGAUUUCAAAGUUAGGCCUCAUUCAGUUGGAUCAGAUCGGCCCAGUUCGUAGCCACUUCAGGCCCAAUCUCUUCUCUCUGAUCAUAAAUUCUUUUCGUAACAUAUUUUUUCCAUUAGUUUUUUGGUUUGUUUUAUUUCACAUAAUGCACUUUGUGGAAUGUUGACACGGUAAAAAAAAAAGCUAGAGCAAAACAAAAACUUCAA